AUGCCAUCUUCCACCAUGCAAAUGUUUGCCUUCAUUCUGGCGGUACUGGGAGUCGUGAGUGCCACGGUGGCCACGCUGCUACCCAACUGGAAGGUGAGCGCAGAUGUGGGCUCCAACAUCAUGACUGCCAUCUCGCAGAUGCAGGGACUGUGGAUGGACUGCACCUGGUACAGCACUGGAGUCUUCAGCUGCUCGCUUAAGUACUCGGUGCUGGCGUUGCCGGCUUAUCUCCAGACUGCACGCACCACUAUGGUGCUUUCCUGCAUGAUGGCGACAAUGGGACUCUGCCUGGCCGCCCUAGGGCUGAAAUGUACUCGCUGGGGUGGCAGCUAUCGCUCUAAGGGACAUACGGCGAUUUCCGCAGGGGCUUGCUUCGUCAUAGCAGGGGUCCUGUGUCUGGUGCCCGCAUCCUGGUUCACCAAUGAGGUCAUCACUACGUUUAUGGACUCCAAAGUGCCCAAAAGCAGCAAGUACGAGCCAGGCGCGGCGGUGUACGUGGCAUUUGUGUCGGCAGGAUUCCUUUUAGCCGCAGGCGUAAUUUUUUGCUUAUCGUGUCCUGGAAGAAGAGGCGGUCCACUGGAUUCGGGCUCGUCCCACCCCGACAAGCCAAAGCAGCAGAAGCUGCGCCAGGAGCAGCUGACCCGUGACCAACCGAAACAGCAGCACCUCGAACAGCAGAGUCAGACUGAACCGCCGGAACGAGAGGAGUCGCAUCGAGAGAAACUGCAACAGGAAAAGCUACAAGCCGACGAUCGUCAGCAAGAGAAGUCGGUGCCGGACAGGUUGAAUCUGGAAAAGGACAAACAGUACCACUCUCCAUCCCGAACCCGAAAUCAAGACCCCAAGGCCGUCUAUAGUCUGCACGACUACGUGUAAACAACAAUCGAGUAUUUAGAGUGUUCUUGCUUAUCAGACUGCCUUUCUUUGUGAGCGGCAAAAAGAGGAGGGGAAAAGCAGUGGAGCAGCAGG